AUGUCUAAUAUGUACGACCGUAGGAAGUUACAACAAGAACUCAAAAAAAUCAAAUUGAACGAGAAAUUAUCAGAAUCUCAACAAUCUAAGGAUCAUUCAGACUCUGGUAACGUUAAUGCAAGUCUGAAUAGUAGUAAAAAUCUCGCAGCGAAUGAUGUUCCUGGAAAAAAAAGUUAUGCUGGAGCUUUAAGUGUGAAGAAUCCAGGAGAUGGAUCAAGUUUAAAGAACACUAGUGAUACCGGACCUUAUUCUGGACGUGGAGAUCUAACUUAUCCAGAUGAUCAUUUUAGAUCAAGCGUUGCCAGUUCUAGCAAAAGUGAUCUUAGUUCUGGAUUAGAAGGUAGCAGUAGCAGCGCCCAAAGUUCUGAUCAAUCCAGUCAUGUCCCAGAACAAGAUGACCAUCAAACAGUAUAUGCAUCAAUGGAAAGUUGCAUUGACGAAAAGUCUCGAGCAGAAGAUUGUUUCGAUUACUUUACAUUAGCACUAAUUUCACCGGUGACAAAAGCACUAUUAGGAAAAAGAUCCGGUAAAACAUACCGUAGACAUAAAUUGAUUGAUGACUGGGCGAUUCACGGAUUGUGGCCUACAGCUCGGGAAGGUGGAGAAGAACUUCAAGAUUGGUGUAACCGGAUACUCCUAAGAUACAACGAGCGGCUACUGAUUGGUAAAGAAACCCUGGUAGAAAGACUCCGUAAGCUGUGGUUCGCUUUGUACAAUGAGUCUGACAGAACUGAUGAGUCCUUUUGGCGGUACCAGUUCAACAAACACGGUAAAUGUGCCACUCGCUCAGUUUAUGUUAAUGACCAGCUAGGAUACUUUCAGGUGACGUUUGAAUUGUAUGAUGACAUAAACCUCAAGAAAACCCUGGCGGAUGGUGGAUUUGUCAAAGGAUCUUAUGUUAAGUUGACAGAGUUAUACAAUAUUGUUAAAAAGAAACAUGGUUGUUAUCCUUAUAUAGGAUACUGGUAUGAUUACAUAACCCAAGAACAUUACUUAUUGGAAAUCCAACUCUGUUAUGACCACAAUUUAAGGCCUAUAAACCAUCCAGAGGAGAAACAUAAUGAUCCGAAGAUUAGAAACAUUGAAAUUUCUUACCUAGCAAGAGUGCCUCGAUGA